UCAUCACAUGGUUUGCUUCUUUCUUCGUCCGCCGCUGCUUUCAUAUCACCUUACCAUAGCCAUCUAGAUCUCUGUAUACACCCACAAGUAUUCAACUGGAGUCAAAAAUGGCACCUAAUGAGAAACAAAAGAAAGGAGUAAUGUACGUGUACAAACUAGACACCGGAAGCCACCUCCCACCACCGUCCACCUCCAAGAAAGUCGUUUCACAAGGUUUUGGACUACUCAGGAGAUCCAAAACCUACCGGGAAAACCAGUUCAGUGAAGAUCAUGAAGACAAACAAAUGGUUCAGGAAUCUGCAAGAAAGUCUGUUUCGGUGAUGGAGGGAGGGAGGAACUCGGUGUCGUUGACAGGGAGGAGAUCGGUGGGGAACACGGCGGCAGAGAUGAACGUAGUGCGGGUGGCGACGGUGCUACAGGUGAGGGUGUUGGUGACAGACAUGCCGACGUUUAUGCAAAUCCAUGCAUUCCGGUGUGCCAGAAAUACAUUUGAUAGCUUAGAGAAAUUCAGCCCUAAACAAAUUGCUCUUAACCUCAAAAAGGAGUUUGACAAGAUAUAUGGGCCGGCCUGGCAUUGCAUUGUGGGCUUAAAUUUUGGAUCAUUUGUGACCCAUGCGACUGGCUGUUUUCUCUAUUUUUCUAUGGAGAAACUAUACGUUUUAGUUUUUAAAACAAAAGUUAAACAAUUAAUUUAAAUGAAAAUGAAAAUAAAAAUAAAAAUAAUUCUUUUAACCAACCCUUGUUGUAUUUAAAUUUAUUUAUUGGAUUUGUUAUUUAAUUU